UUCACGUUCACAUUCUCGUUCACAUUCUCGUUCACAUUCUCGUUCACAUUCUCGCUCACAUUCUCGUUCGCGUUCACCAAAAAAGAAAAAAUCUAAAUCAAAAAGUAAACAUAGAAAGCACAAAAAUCAUCAUUCCUCAUCAAAAGAUGAUUCACUUAGUUAUAGUACGGAUACUACAAAUUCUAUUGAUAUUUCAAGACAUCAUCAUAAGUCGAAAAGUAAGAAGAAACAUAAGAAACAUAAAAAAUUUAAGAAAAAGAAACAUGAAGAAAAGGGUGAAAAAGAACAUCAUUUAAUUCAAGAAAUUAAAGAAUGGCAACAAAAUCUUCGAAAGAAGAAGGAUCCUAUACAAAGUACAAAUAGUGUAAUACACCAAGAGGAAGAAGAACUUGAGAAAAAACCAAAAAGACCAUCUAUGAUGCCUCAAACACGAAAAGAAUAUGAAGCAGAACAAUCAGUAAUUAGAGAAGUUGUAGAUCCUGUAGAUGGUCGAGUUAGAUUAAUUAGAGGAUCGGGGGAGGUAAUUGAACGUAUUGUAUCAAAAGAAGAGCAUAAAAGAAUAAAUAGACAAGCAACUAUGGGAGACUCAUUAACAUAUCAAAAAAAUUGGAUGAAAUAUGCAAGAUAAUUUGUAUAACUAUCUAUUAUAAAUUAUUAAAUGAAAAUUGGAUAAACAAAGAAAUUCGCUUUAUUACACGAAGUUCGAACAUAAAUUUAUUAUUGAUUUUAAUAAUAUUUUCCAUUUCAAUUAAUUUACUAUGUAAUUAGU